GUUUGCACUGCACCGGGCGGAAGUGUGCCAAAGGUAUUGGUGCUGCCGCUUCCGGUCCGGGUAAACGCGGUUCAGCAAGGCUGAGUGGUUUGUGUCGUGCUGGGACAGACUUCAGAGAGCAAGUCAGCGGGUGAGAGGCGAGCACCAGCGUCUGGACAUACAAGUCCGGAGUCUAGUGGGAGGAUCGGGAGAAAGGCCAGGAACCUCAAUACGGUCUAACCUCUGUUUCCGAGGGGGGCAACUUCCACGGGGAACCCCUCUGCCCUGGUAACGGCCAAAGAGGAGGAGAUGGCGCCAGUCAGGGAGCGGCCGUGGCCGACACAGUGAGAAAGCGCGAAGGCAUAACAACCGGAGGAUCCUUGGGAGAACUACCAGAACCGUCGCUGCCGCCACCACCGCCACCAGCAUGGAAGGGGCAAAGCCGACAUUGCAGCUCGUGUACCAGGCAGUGCAGGCGCUUUACCACGACCCAGAUCCCAGCGGAAAGGAGCGCGCCUCGUUUUGGCUUGGGGAGCUGCAGCGUUCGCCCCUUUGAAAUGUGCUGCUAGUGGGAGCUGCAGCUUCCUCCUGCUGACUCUGAGCCCCAGGCUUCGGUUGCGAUGGUCCUUUCAGAAAUGUGGAGCUUAGUCCAAGCCUGAAUUUCAGUGGGUAGCACCUGGCAUCUGUGGCUAGAAAGUCCUAUGAAGUGUUCAUGCAUGGGAGAUUUCAGACCAGUUGUUACAGAUCCGACAGGAUGUGGAAUCAUGCUAUUUUGCUGCCCAGACCAUGAAAAUGAAGAUUCAGACCUCAUUUUAUGAGCUCCCUACGGACUCUCAUGCCUCUUUACGGGACUCAUUACUAACUCAUAUCCAGAACUUGAAAGACUUGUCACCUGUCAUUGUAACGCAGCUGGCUUUAGCAAUAGCAGACCUUGCCCUACAGAUGCCUUCCUGGAAGGGAUGUGUACAGACUUUGGUGGAAAAAUAUAGCAAUGAUGUAACAUCUCUGCCUUUUCUGCUGGAGAUCCUUACAGUGUUACCUGAAGAAGUACAUAGUCGUUCCUUACGUAUUGGAGCUAAUCGGCGCACAGAAAUUAUAGAAGAUUUGGCUUUUUAUUCUAGCACAGUGGUAUCUCUCUUGAUGACCUGUGUUGAAAAAGCAGGAACAGAUGAGAAAAUGCUUAUGAAGGUCUUUCGCUGUUUGGGAAGUUGGUUUAAUUUAGGAGUUUUGGAUAGUAACUUCAUGGCUAACAAUAAGUUACUAGCACUUCUUUUUGAGGUUUUGCAACAGGAUAAAACCUCAUCCAACCUACAUGAAGCUGCUUCAGACUGUGUGUGCUCAGCUCUGUAUGCCAUUGAGAACGUCGAGACUAACUUACCAUUAGCCAUGCAACUGUUUCAAGGGGUCCUCACGUUGGAGACUGCCUAUCAUAUGGCUGUGGCACGAGAAGAUUUAGACAAAGUUCUAAAUUACUGCCGUAUUUUCACUGAACUAUGUGAAACUUUUCUUGAGAAAAUUGUUUGUACUCCAGGCCAAGGUCUUGGGGACCUACGAACUUUGGAACUGCUGCUGAUCUGUGCAGGACAUCCUCAGUAUGAGGUAGUAGAAAUUUCCUUUAACUUUUGGUACCGACUAGGGGAGCACUUGUACAAAACUAAUGAUGAAGUCAUUCACGGUAUCUUCAAAGCUUACAUUCAGAGGCUACUUCAUGCCUUGGCUCGACACUGCCAGCUGGAACCAGACCAUGAAGGGGUUCCUGAAGAAACUGAUGACUUCGGGGAGUUCCGAAUGAGGGUAUCAGACCUGGUGAAAGACUUGAUUUUCUUAAUUGGGUCUAUGGAGUGUUUUGCUCAGUUAUAUUCUACCCUGAAGGAAGGCAACCCGCCAUGGGAGGUGACAGAAGCGGUUCUCUUUAUCAUGGCUGCUAUAGCAAAGAGUGUGGAUCCGGAGAACAAUCCAACACUUGUGGAGGUCCUAGAAGGAGUUGUUCGACUUCCAGAGACUGUACAUACAGCUGUACGAUACACCAGCAUUGAAUUGGUUGGAGAGAUGAGUGAAGUGGUUGAUCGAAAUCCUCAGUUCCUUGACCCGGUGUUAGGCUAUUUGAUGAAAGGUCUGUGUGAAAAGCCUCUGGCUUCUGCUGCAGCCAAAGCCAUUCAUAACAUUUGCUCUGUUUGCCGAGAUCACAUGGCUCAGCACUUUAAUGGACUCUUGGAGAUUGCCCGUUCCCUUGAUUCCUUCAUGUUGUCUCCAGAAGCUGCUGUGGGCUUGCUUAAAGGGACAGCACUUGUCCUAGCCAGAUUACCUUUGGAUAAGAUUACUGAGUGUCUUAGUGAACUAUGUUCUGUUCAGGUUAUGGCACUGAAAAAGCUGUUGUCUCAGGAGCCCAGCAAUGGCAUAUCCUCAGAUCCCACUGUGUUCUUAGAUCGCCUUGCAGUAAUAUUUAGACACACCAAUCCCAUUGUGGAAAAUGGACAGACUCAUCCAUGCCAAAAAGUCAUACAGGAAAUAUGGCCAGUUUUAUCUGAGACCCUGAAUAAGCACCGGGCUGAUAAUCGGAUUGUAGAACGUUGUUGCAGAUGUCUCCGCUUUGCUGUUCGCUGUGUGGGCAAAGGUUCUGCAGCCCUUUUACAGCCACUAGUUACACAGAUGGUGAAUGUGUACCAUGUACAUCAGCAUUCCUGUUUCCUCUACCUUGGCAGUAUCCUUGUGGAUGAAUAUGGCAUGGAAGAGGGCUGUCGACAGGGACUGUUAGAUAUGCUCCAGGCACUGUGCAUCCCUACCUUUCAGCUCCUAGAACAACAGAAUGGGCUACAGAAUCACCCAGACACCGUGGACGACCUGUUCAGGCUAGCCACCAGGUUUAUCCAGCGUAGCCCUGUCACCUUGCUGAGGAGCCAGGUGGUCAUUCCCAUAUUACAGUGGGCCAUUGCCUCUACUACCCUGGACCACCGGGAUGCCAACUGUAGUGUCAUGCGGUUUCUACGAGACCUCAUCCAUACAGGGGUAGCCAAUGAUCAUGAAGAAGAUUUUGAGUUACGGAAAGAACUGAUUGGACAAGUGAUGAACCAGCUCGGACAGCAACUUGUAAGCCAGCUGCUCCACACAUGCUGCUUUUGUCUCCCCCCCUACACCCUGCCAGAUGUGGCCGAAGUGCUCUGGGAGAUCAUGCAGGUUGACAGACCGACUUUUUGUCGAUGGCUAGAGAAUUCCUUGAAAGGGUUGCCAAAGGAGACAACCGUGGGAGCUGUCACCGUGACACACAAACAACUUACAGACUUUCACAAGCAAGUCACUAGUGCUGAGGAAUGUAAACAAGUUUGCUGGGCCUUGCGAGACUUCACCAGAUUGUUUCGAUAGCUUAUACUCCUGCACUGUGCCUGUCACCCAGAAAUGUCUUUUUUAAUUAGAAGACAGGAAG